UCACUGCUCUGCUCCGAGUGUGUGACACUGCUGAGACCGAGAAAGCCCCGAGGGCCUCAGAGAUGACGACUGGCUGUGUGAGGUCGACCCUGGAGCCUGAACAUCGACUGAUGACACAGGAGAGCAAACACUACAAGUCGGCGCUGGAGAGCCUGGUGGGCAGGAAGUCAGAGAUGAAGGGCGAUGAAGAGGAGGGGAAGGCUCUCUGCUCAGAGGACCAGGACGUCCAGAAGAAGAAACCUCGCAGGAAAGACACACCCGUCCUCAACUCUCCUCCAUGCAUACCAGGAGUGAGACAGCUGAAGGCGGAGAAGCAGAUGGUCCACUUAGAGGACGAGGAGAAGGACUUCAAGGAUUAAAGCCUGGAUUUCACCUCUAUUUUCUUGUCAAUAAAUGUUUACAGUCUUAUUAAAUUUUGCCUUGGCCUUAA